AUGGCUCUCGGCCAACUUGCCCCCACCGUCGCCGUCCUCAGCGAUCAUCCCGUCCGGGACCUCAUCCUUCUAAGCCUCAUCGCUGUCCUCGGCUACCCCAUAUUUCGUCAUCUAAUUGCCUGGCGAGCUCUCGGCCGGGCCUACGCUCUGCACGACUGCGAGCGUCCGGCCGCAUACCCGCACAAGGAUCCCCUCUUUGGCUUCGACGCGAUACUCGCCAACAUUGCCGCCGCGCGCAAUCACCGCUUCACGGCGAGCGAGUUGCAGCGCUUUCAGGACAUAGGCGCCGAUACCUACUACACAUGGAUCCAGGGUCGCCAGAUCGUCGUCACCAGGGACCCCGACAAUGUCCGCUGCAUACUCGGCACCAACUGCAAGGACUACUCCAUCGGUGGGCGUAGGGCCUUGUUCGGGCGCUUCCUCGGCAACGGCAUCUUUGUCUCCGAGGGCGAGGAAUGGGUACGCUCGCGUGCACGCCUGCGCCGCAACUUUUCCAGGGAGCAGGUCGCCGAUCUCGCCAUGCUCGAGCGCCACGUCGCGAAGUUGUUCCAGGUGCUGCCCGGCGACGACCAGCCCAACGCCGUCGUCGACCUGCAGGACUGCUUUUUGCGCUUCACAACCGACUCGUCCAGUGAGUUCCUCUUUGGCCACUCCACAGACACCCUCGUGCGGCCUUCGGCCCGCGACGUCGCGUUUGGCGAGGCCUUUACCCUUUCCCUCGACAUCAUUACGCAAAAGAUGCGUCGCGGUCCGCUGAACCGCUUCUAUCCCAAGGAUCCCCGCGAAGACAGCGCGUUCCAGAUUGUCCGCGACUACGUCCGCGCCUUUGUGGACGAGGCCGCGGCGUUGCGCGAAAAGAAGACGGCGGAUGGUGAAUUGCUCGAGGGGCACGAGGAUGCCGGCCCCGAGCAUCGCUAUCUAAUUCUCAGAGAACUCGUCAGGGACUUUGACGACAAGGAGCGCAUUUGCGACGAGCUCAUUAGCCUGAUUACGGCGGGCCGUGACACCACGGCUAGUCUACUGAGCAGCGCCUUUCACGUCCUCUCGCGUAGACCUAACAUCUGGCGCACGCUGCGCAACGAGAUUCAGCACCUCAACGGCCACCCACCCAGCUACGAGCAGCUCCGCAAUCUCAAAUUCGUCAAGUAUAUCAUCAACGAGACUCUUCGUCUCUAUCCUCCCGUGUUUCGCAACGCCAGAAAAGCCGUCCGCGACACCAUUCUCCCGACUGGCGGCGGCCCCAACGGCACCUCGCCCGUCUUCGUGCCCAAGGAUACCGGCGUCGUCUACUCGGCCUGGGCCAUGCACCGCCGCACCGACCUGUACGGGCCCGACGCUACCGAGUUCAACCCGGAGCGCUGGGCCACCCAGCGCCACGGAUGGGAUUACCUGCCGUUUGGCGGCGGUCCGCGCAUAUGCCUCGGCCAGCAAUACGCGCUGACAGAGGCACUGUACGUCUUGGUCCGCAUGGCGCAACAGUAUGUGGCCGUGGAGACGGCUGACGAUACGCCGUGGACGGAGCACAUUUGCCUCACCCUCGCCAUCAAAGAUGGCGUCAACUGCAAGCUCACGCGUGCGAAAAACUAA